AUGUCAGCAAAUAAAGUUUUAAUUGGCGGUGGUACAGGGUUUAUAGGACAAAACUUACGAAAAUUGCUUUCUACCGGUGGUUACAAUAUUGUGAAUGUAUCACGUAUGCCUGGCGCCAAUAAUGUAUCCUGGUCGACUAUAGAAAAAUCUGGCUUGCCACUUAAUACAAAGGCAGUUGUUAAUUGUGCAGGACAACAAUUUAUGGAUUUCACUAAGAGUUGGACGCCUGGAUUCAAACAAAAUGUCCAGAAUUCACGUAUUUAUACAACAAGAGCAUUAUCACAAGCCAUUAAUGAAAGUAAUGAUAAACCUAAGGUAUUUGUUUUGGUAACCGGAGUUGGUGCUUAUGAACCUUCCAAUACUGUAAAAUAUGAUGAAUGCAGUCCUACUACUGGAACUGAUUUCUUUUCACAACUCUUAGUAGAAUGGGAAAAGGCUGCAAAUGUAAAUCCACCAGUGAGAUUAGUAAGCUUAUCUUCGAAGCAGCUAUCAGCUCUGCGCAAUGCUGAAAACCUGGAGUGGACAUGUGAGGAUUGUCGUAAAGAAUCGCCUCAUCGUAAGUCUUUCAUAAUUCCGGAGGACGAUGACGAUGAUACUGAUGGGAUUCAGCUGGGUGAAAGCGGUUCGACAGCGAUGAGUAAAUUACUUCGUGAUAUCUCACUUGAGGUAAAGAAAGCAGUGAAGAUGGAACUGGCUUCUGUGAACGAAUCGUUAAGCUCAUGGUGGAUAAAAAUGGAUACUAUAAAUGCUACACGGGAAAUCCUAACUGAGAAAGUGAAAGACUUGGAGAAGAAAAACAUGUACUUGACAAAUCAAAAUACCCACUUGGAAUUAAAAGUUAACGCUAUGGAACAACAAAUCAGAAAUAUGGAACAAAAACAGUUGGAUAAUGUACUGGAAAUAACAGGAAUUCCCGAAGAUAAGGACGAGAACUUAGAAAAACUUUCAAGUAAACUAGCCUCGAAACUAAACGUAGAGAAACGUCAAGCGUCCAUGGUGAAAAGACUGAAAGGCAGGGACGGCAAAGAAGGUGUGAUCCAGGUAGUAUUACAACAAGAGGAGCAGGUCGACCAGUGGAUCCGCGCUGCACGAACGGAAACAAUUGCUUUGGAAGAUAUAACUCCAAAUGCCCCUAAUCCUGAAGUAGCCAAGAGAAGAGUGUUACUUCGGCGUGCACUAACUAAAGCUAAUAAAACACUUCUGUGGCAAGCUAAACAAACCUUGAAGGAAACUUACAAAUAUAUUUGGUUCCAGGGUGGUAAAGUUUUGGCUCGUAAAUUUGAUAAUGACAAGCCCGUUAUCAUAAGAAGCUCAUGUGAUAUUGAUAAGUUGUCUACUCAAAAAUAUCGAUAG